AUGGAGCUUCAAAAUGACACACAUGUUUCAAAGUUUAUUCUCCUGGGACUUUCACAAGAUCCUCUAUGGCAACCCUUUCUUUUUGGGCUGUUUUUGUUCAUGUACCUGGUCACUCUGCUUGGAAACCUGCUCAUUAUUGUGGCCACAAUUACAGAUUCGCAUCUGCACACACCCAUGUACUUCUUCCUCUCCAACCUCUCCUUUGCUGACAUCUGUUUCACCUCUACUAGCAUCCCAAAGAUGCUGGUAAAUAUACAGAAGCAGAGCAAGAUGAUAACAUACGAAGGCUGUAUCACCCAGAUAUAUUUUUUCAUAUCGUUUGGAAUCCUGGACAACUUUCUUCUAGCUGUGAUGGCCUAUGACAGAUACGUGGCCAUCUGUCACCCCCUGCACUACACAGUUAUCAUGAACCACCGCCUCUGUGGAUUGCUGGUCCUGGGGUCCUGGGUCACAACUGCUUUGAAUUCCUUGUUACAAUGCUCAAUGGCACUACGGCUGGCCUUCUGUACAGACUUGGAAAUCCCCCACUUUGUUUGUGAGUAUAAUCAACUGGUACUUCUUGCCUGUAAUGACACCUUUCCUAAUGUCAUAGAGAUGUAUUUUGCAGCUGUGCUUCUGGCUGGUGGUCCCCUUGCUGGCAUCCUUUACUCUUAUUCUAAGAUAGUCUCCUCCAUACGUGCAAUGUCAUCAUCACAGGGGAAGUACAAAGCAUUUUCCACCUGUGCGUCUCACCUCUCAGUCGUUUCCUUAUUCUAUUGCACACUCCUGGGUGUGUACCUUAGUUCUUCUGUUACCCAAAACUCACAAUUAGCUGCACGAGUAUCUGUGAUGUACAGCGUGGUCACUCCCAUGUUGAACCCCUUCAUCUACAGUCUGAGGAACAAGGACCUAAUGGGAGCUCUAAGAAAACUCCUCAGAAGGAAGCCAUGA